AUGCGGGUCCCUAUCCAGCGCCUACCCCCGUCGCAUAUUGCCUCGGAGCGUCUAGUUGAAGAGAGCGAGACAAUCACUCUGCUCUUGGCGACGCUGCUGAUCCCAGGCCGCGGAGAGCCUAUUCACAACGGACUGCUGGCUGUCAAAGGCAGUAAAAUCGACUGGGUUGGCGCAUAUGCCGACAUACCGGCCAAGUACAAGGGCAUUACGCCGAGGCGCGUCCCAGUCCUGAUGCCAGGCCUGUGGGAUUGCCACGUCCACUUCAUGGGGCUGGAUCUCACCAAUGCAGAGAGCGCUGCCAGCGCCGCGUAUCUCCCCGGCUUCAAUGCGUUGGCCGGCGCCAUCUCGGUGGAGGACUUGAAGAUGACGCUGAUGGCGGGCUACACAUCGGUGCGAGAGCUCGGCGGCUAUGGAUGCGAUCUGUGGCCGGGCGUGCAGAACGGCCCCUUGAUCGGCCCCAACAUCUACGGCGCAGUUGCUCCGCUGUCCAUCACGGGCGGCCACGGGGAUGAGCACUCGACGCCGAUUCGGACUGUCCUGGAUGCCAUGAACUACGGCGGCUCUCCCGUGGCGGUAUGCGAUGGCGUUGACGACUGUAUCAAGACGGUUCGCAAACUGGUACGGCGAGGGGCUCGCUGCAUCAAGGUCUGCUCCACGGGAGGCGUCCUCAGCCUCAACGACAACCCACAGGACCGCCAGUUCUCGGACGAAGAGCUCAAGGCCAUUGUCGACGAGGCAGCGCGGAGUGGACGAGCCGUGGCAGCCCAUGCCAUAGGCAAGGCCGGCAUCCUGGCGGCGCUCCGAGCCGGCGUCAAGUCGAUCGAGCACGGCAUGUACAUGGACGACGAGGUGGCCGACCUGAUACUGGAAAAAGACGCCGUCUUUGUCGGUACGCAGCACAUUGUUCGAACCCUGGCGCGAGACUACCGCGAGCUGCCCCCUCCCGUCCAGCGGAAGCUGCUUACCGUCAACGCAAAGGCCAAGGCUUCAUACCAGCUGGCCAUCAAGAAGGGCCUCAAGAUUGCUCUGGGAACCGACAUGCUCAGCAGCGCCAGGGCAUCUCCCCUCUCACACGGCAACAAUGCAAAGGAGAUCACGUACGCGGUCGAGCUGGGCAUGACGCCUCUCCAGGCCAUUGAGUGCGCAACAGCAAAUGGUCCAGAGGUGCUCGGAGGCAUGGCGCCCCUGAGCGGGCAGCUCAAGGCCGGGUAUGACGCCGAUAUCAUUGCCGUUGCGUCGAACCCGCUAGACGACAUCCGCGUCCUGACGGAUCCCAGCAACGUCACGCACGUCUGGAAGGGUGGGAAGCUGUUCAAGAGCCAGCCGAGAAUACCGACCCAAGCGACCGUCUCUUAUUAGUCACUCUGCUUUUACACACUACGGUUUACACAUGUGCAUGAGUCAUCUGGCAGCAUGAAGAUUAUGUACAUUGCAGGUAGAUGAGACACCUGUCGCCAUGCAAUUGGAUGUAGGGAUGCAGGUAUCAGCUAGGUCUUGCAUACACGCUCAUACGAGAAGCCAUAAGAUGGACGACGGGUUAUCGAGCAAUACAGUAGCUACACGUAAAUGCUAAACACCAAAGGCGCUGCCAUCUCUACAUAGUAAAAACGCCUUACCACGCCG